AUGUCAGCUGCACUAGAGCCAGAAUAUGAUACGACAGACAUGUUUACUGGGGACAAAGAAUGUCUUUCUGACAUCUCUGCGCUGGACGAGAGCGCUACCGGUUCUCAUCGCAAAGGACGAUGCUGUCAGGCGACGCGGUAUUACUACCACUACUACUACAGCCACUUCACAUGCCUCCCACCUCGAGACAGGACACAUCGGGUUGAACGAAAACGAGGGUCUGCUAUUUACAUCUUUCCUUCGAAACUACAGUGGCUAUUGCUAGGGCCUCUCCGCGCCGGUCGAUCCUAUGACGAGGCCUUGAAGCGGAUCAAUAAACCGCAUGUGGCGGCGUCUGACCCACUACACAUCAUAGACCGUGUUUUCCCAGAAAGUCUGGACCUGAAGAUCCAAGAAAUCGUCCCGCGCUUCAGAGAAGGCGGCGCCUUCGUCAAGUAUGCCCGAAAGGCGGGGCUCAAGGAUGUAGACGUCGAAACAGCCAUCAGGGCAAAUCUACAGGAACGUCCCAUUCGCCCGUGGUUCAACCCGUUCCAGGCGGUCGGAGUGGCCCGGGUCCUGGGACGUCCAUGGAUCGAAGAUCUAUAUCGCAUUCCUAGCCAGCGACUGAAAGUCGAGUUCCUGCCAACGUCGGCAGACGGAACGGCGGUGGAUUUGACGACCGAGUGUCUCUAUUCAUCCUUUCGCAGCUAUGGUAAACUGAAAGACAUUGAAAGACAGCCGACGGACUCGAAAACCAUCCCAAGGUACGCUUUUGUAGAGUUCUCUCGCCCUAAGUAUGCGGUCAUGGCCAAAAACUGCAUGCAUGGAUAUAUUGUCCCGGAGUCCGAGGGAGAGGGAAAGUCGGGUACCAGGAUCAAGAUCAAGUACGAACGGAAAAUCAAGUUCACCAUGAUCAAGGACUGGCUCCUGAGCCACCCAAGAAUUGUAAUUCCCGCCGUCGCUGCGCUCGUCGCUGCCUUGACGGUGGCCAUUUUUGACCCCAUCCGCACGUUCUUCAUCAAGCUUAAAAUCAAAGCUACCCUUCAAACCGAAGAGAACCCUGUGCUGCAGUGGAUUCGUAAACAAGCCAACAAAGCCAAUAUCAUUUACUUUGGCCGUCGCGGAGCCGACCCGCGCGGGCUGACGGCAAUCUGGGAGGACCGCCAGGCGGACAUCUCUCGGCUUCAAUCCUGGCUGAUGGAGAAUGUCCAAACAUUCAUCGUUAUCCAUGGUCCUCGUGGUUCGGGGAAACGUGAGUUGGUUUUGGACCAUGCCCUGCAGAAUUACAAAUACAAAAUAGUCAUCGACUGCAAGCAGAUCCAAGACGCCAGGGGGGACUCGGCAAAGAUCGCACGGGUAGCUAGCCAAGUGGGCUAUCGACCAGUAUUCUCAUGGAUGAACAGCAUUAGCAGCUUCAUUGACCUUGCCGCGCAGGGCAUGAUUGGCACCAAAGCAGGAUUUUCGGAAACUCUGGAUGCGCAACUCAGUAAAAUCUGGCAAAACACUGCCACGGCUUUGAAGAGCAUCACUCUGGAAACCAGGCAAAAGAACGACAAAGACUCACAUCUCACCGACGAGGAAUACCUCGAUGCUCAUCCUGAGUUACGUCCCGUGGUGGUCAUUGACAACUUUUUGCACAAUGCCAACGAAGACAGCGUGGUAUACGAUAAAAUCACGGAGUGGGCUGCAGGGUUAACAGCCGGCAAUAUCGCCCAUAUCAUCUUUUUGACAACUGACGUCUCCUUUGCUAAACCGCUCAGCAAAGCAAUGCCAAACUCGGUUUUCCGGAUGAUUUCCCUGGGUGACUGCUCCCUUGAAGUCGGAAGGAAAUUUGUGCUUAGUCAUCUGGCGGACGAUGCGAAGACCGGAAACAAGCUGAAAGCCAGGGGCGAGGAGAACCUGGAGGGCCUCGACAGUUGCAUUGAGACAUUGGGAGGUCGCGUGACGGAUCUUGAAUUCAUGGCACAUCGGAUUGAGGCAGGGGAAUCCCCUGGAGCGGCUGUCAACCGCAUUAUAGAGCAAUCCAUGUCCGAAAUUUUGAAGAUGUUCAUACUGGGGACGGAAGCUGGGGCACAGACGUGGAGUCAUGAACAAGCGUGGUCCUUGAUCAAGGUGCUGGCAAACGCCGAGGGUGGCACGGUACCUUAUAAUCGAAUCCUUCUCUCGGACCUGUUCAAGGAGAAUGGUGAGGCCACUCUCCAAGCUCUUGAACAGGCGGAACUCAUCUCCAUCGUCUCCGUCAACGGAUGCCCCGAGGCCAUCAAGCCUGGAAAGCCGGUCUAUCGUGCUGUUUUUAAGCGGCUGACUCAUAACACAAGCCUCAGUAGUCGCCUGGACUUGGAAAUCCUAUCACAGUUAAUUCGCAGGGAGAACCAAAGCAUUGCCAAAUAUGAGGAGGAACUUCAGUUGCUGGGGACCUUGCCGAAGCAGCCCCGCGAGCUAACAUAUAGGAUCCAAUGGCUCCUACAAAAGGUAUAUAAUUCCCAAAAUACCAUCAGCAAGUACGAGAGCGAGAGUGUAACGUUGCGGAAGGUCCUGCAAAGUGAGGGUGGAGGACAAGGGGGAUGA